AUGCACACAUUAGCAGCAGUAGUAGUAUUGCAGGUGUGCUGGGCUGCGGUGCUCUGGCCCUGUCCGCCCGCACACAGCUUCCCAGUGGACUGCAGGGAGGAGCAGGCCGGCAGCUCCCAGUGCCCCACCAUUUCCCAGGAGAAGCUACUCGACCGGGUCAUCCAGCACACAGAGCUCAUCUACAGAGUCUCCGAGGAGUCCUGCUCCAUGUUUGAGGAUAUGUUUGUGCCGUUCCCCAUGCGUCUGCAGAGGAACCAGGCUGGCAACACCUGCAUCACCAAAGACUUCCCCAUCCCCACCUCCAAGAAUGAACUCCAGCAGAUCUCUGACACUUGGUUGCUGCACUCAGUGCUGAUGCUGGUGCAGUCGUGGAUCGAGCCGCUGGUCUACCUGCAGACCACGCUGGAUCGCUACGAUGACGUAACCGACGUGCUGCUCAAUAAGACCAAGUGGAUGUCGGAAAAGCUGAUUAGCCUGGAGCAAGGGGUGGUGGUGCUCAUCAGGAAGAUGUUGGACGGGGCGAUGCUGAACUCGUCCUACAACGAAUACAGCGCAGUCCAGCUGGACGUUCAGCCAGAGGUGCUGGAGUCCAUUUUGAGGGACUACAACGUUCUCUGCUGCUUCAAGAAGGACGCCCACAAAAUAGAGACCAUACUCAAACUCCUCAAGUGUCGGCAAAUUGACAAAUAUAACUGUGCCUUGUACUAG